UCCGCGGAAAAUUUCUUUUUUAUGCAUAUUGGAAUAAAAGUGCGUGUGAAUUUACGACUGAUGUAUACAUAUAGGCCUCAGUGACAAAAAAUCGAUUAUAUUUUCAAUCAAAACGCAAUAAUUUCGCACACGAAUUUGACGAUUAACUGCAGGAAAUCAGUUCGAAGAAGGUCGUGUUGGGGGAAAAGUCAAUAAAAUUUUAGGGGCCCAAGGCAAUUGUGCCUAUAAACUACCAACAAUAAAGCAUCUUUCCAAGUACGACAAUUUCAUUCUUCCACAAAUACCGGGGAGCGACGUAGGUUUACGUCGUGUAAAAAAACAGCUAAAGUGGAUUCCGUAAAAAUUGAAGAUUUGAUGGAUUCUGAUCCUGAUAUCGAAAUCAUCGAAAAGGAUAGUGGAAUGUCGUCGUUGGGCGGAAGCAAGGACGAAACACCUGAGCGCCGGGCAGUAGAGAAAGUUACUGCCCCCAAAAGCACGGAUGAUGAAAAUUUCGACGAUGAACCAGAUGAAACACUUGGUGAACGACUUUGGGGUCUCACAGAAAUGUUUCCUGAACCGGUUCGUCGAUUAACUGGCAAAGUAGUCGACCUUACAACUACCAGCAUCAAAGGUCUUUACUCGUUCUCAUGCAAUGCUUCCUGGAUAUUUUUUACGAGUUCAGUUAUUCUAUUUGCGCCCGUCAUUUUCGAAACGGAACGCGCUCAAAUGGAAGAGAUGCAAAAAUCGCAACAGAAGCAAGUACUACUCGGUCCAGGUACGGCGAUGGAUCGGGCCGGUCCACCACCAACCUUACCACUCAUUCGAUAAGUUCAUACAAUUUAAACUUAUAAAUUUGUAAGAAUAGAAAGAAAAUAACCCGCAAAUCAAAUCCAAUUGUCCUCUUCAAAUAAACCAAAGCCUAACAGGCGAGAGGAAAAUUCCUGUAACGCGUUCAUCGUUUAUUGAUAAAACAAAAAUGCAAUUUUCUUGUAGACGUACAUAUAAUAAAAAUAAUUACUAUUGAGAAUACUUAAACCAA